UCGCUCUAGCUGCUCCUGCCUGGGCCCGGAAGAUGUCGGGCACUGGAUGCGAACUAAACAGACCAGCCAGGCGGUACCGACUGAAACGGGGGCUAGAUGCCUGCACCUGGCUGGGCGCUGAGGCUGCAGGUCAGCGAGGUGACUGGUCACACAACCAUUGACAGUGGACACCGAGCACCGACAGGUCCAGCCGUGGCCACUGGCAGGAGACAGGCACCAUGCUUACCCUUGAGUCUGGCCCACCCAGGGCAUCUCAGGCAGGAUCUGAGCAGCCCCAGGCCCUGGGCAGAACCCAGAAGGCGUGCUCAUCGUCCAUCCGCAGCCAGGAACCAGGAACCGCUCAUCCCCAGGGCUCUGGGCAAGAAAAUCUCACCCAGGGGCAGGACCCCAUCCCUGUCCUCAUGGCUUCCCCUUCCGGGUCCAGAGUGGGUGUGUCUGCCCCUGCCAGCCGGGCCCUGCCCUGCCCUGCCUCAUCCCACGCCCGGCCAGCCUGUUAUAAACAGGAGGCUGCCUGGCCAGUGUCGGCCACAUCCCACUUUGUCUUGUCACCUGCUGGAGCUGCCUCACCACGGGAGAAAGGAGGCACCUGCAGAAGGAGGCUCCAGCUUCCAGGUGGGAGCCACGGCCCAUGCAGCCGGUGGCUGCCCGACGUUCCGUGAGGCCCAGCGGCCCCCGCCACCACUGCUGGAGGGCAGGCCCAGAGAGAGGCUGGUGGAGCUGCACACCUCCUUCGGGGAGCUGUUCACCUUCUUCUGCGCCAACGCCACCAUCCACGGGGCCAACCUCGUCUGCUCCAGCCAGAACGGCCUCCAGAUGGCGUCCUGGGGGCUGCUGCUGGUGGGCGCCCUGGGGGUGUUCUGCUGGCAGUUCGGGCUCCUCUUAGCACAAUACUGGCGUCACCCGGUCAUCAUGACCGUGUCCGUGCACUCGGAGCUGAGGCUCUUCCCAGCCGUCACUCUGUGCGACAUGAACCCACACAGGCCACGCUCAGCCCGCUCCCACCUGCAGGUACUCGAUGAGUUUGCCCAGGAGAAUAUCCACUCUCUCUACAAAUCCAACUUCAGCGAGAACAGGGACGUCCUCUUUGCUGACGCCCGGCUCCCACAGCCUGCCUUCUACCUGGACCGCGGGAUCCGCCUACAGAGGCUGAGCCAACCAGGCGGCCAGAACAAAGUGGGUUUCCACCUGUGUAACAGCACCGGGGGAGACUGCUUCUACCGGGCCUUCUCGUCAGCCGUGACAGCCAUCCAGCAGUGGUACCGCUUCCACUACGUGAACAUCUUGGCCCUGACACCCCCCGCCUGCGAGGACGGAGGCCGCUUUGUCUUCUCCUGCCGAUUCGACGACCAGGACUGCCAGGCCCGGCACUUCCGAACGUUCCACCACCCCACCUACAGUAGCUGCUACAGCUUCAGUGGCGUCUCAGCUGCGCGGCACCCGGGCAUCACCCAUGGGAUCAGCCUGGUCCUCAGGGCUGGGCGGCAGGACCACCUCCCUCUGCUGUCCACGGAGGCUGGCAUCAUCAUGAUUCAUGGGCAUGACCACACGCCCUUCCUGGAGCACCAGGGCUUCAGCGUCCGGCCGGGCACCGAGACCACAGUCGGCAUCCGAGAAGACGAGGUGCACCGGCUGGGGGGCCCCUAUGGCCGCUGCACCAAGGGUGUGGAGGGCGUGGACGUGCAGCUGCUCUACAAGGCCUCGUAUGCCCUGCAGGCCUGCCUCGUGUCCUGCUUUCAGCAGCUAAUGGUGGAGACCUGCUCCUGCGGCUACUACUUCUACCCCCUGCCAUCAGGGGCCGAGUACGGCAGCUACGCCAGGCACCCGGCCUGGGGUCAUUGCUUCUACUGCCUCUACAAGGACCUGGGGACCCACCGGCUUCCCUGUACCUCACGCUGCCCCAGGCCCUGCAGGGAGUCUUUCUACAAGCUCUCUGCCAGGACCUCCAGAUGGCCUUCCUCCAAGUCAGCCGUGAGUGCCCCGAAGGGGUGGGUAAGGGGCAGGCAAGCAGGUGGGUCUCACAGGUCCCAAAGGCUCACCCUGGACCAGCUGUGCUCUGUGGUCCCUGCUCUUAACACUGUGCACAGCGCCCUGAGGGCUGCGAGAAGCUGCAGCCCCAGUGAGCCUUUUCUGUGCACAGGACUGGAUCCUGGCCGUGCUGGGCAAGCGACGCCACAGGAGCCUGAGCCAGAGCCCAGGCCUCAGGUGGGUGCACUCCCCCUCCAGAGGCCCCUCCCUCUGCCAACCUUGUCCUCAGUACCCCAAAGAGGGGCCCUGCCGUGUGGGCCCAGGGCCCAGCCCCUCACACCUCUGCCUUGCCCGAGGAGCAACGUGGCCAAGGUGAACAUCUUCUACCAGGAGCUCAACUACCGUACGGUGGACGAGACGCCCGUUUACUCGGUGCCCCAGCUGCUUUCAGCCACGGGCAGCCUCUGGAGCCUGUGGUUCGGCUCAUCGGUCCUCUCUGUCCUGGAGCUGCUGGAGCUGCUGCUCGACGCCAUAGCCCUCAUGCUCCUACAGGGCUGCCGCUGGCUCCGCAGAGCUCGGGGGUCCCAGCCAGGGGCAGCCACGGUGCCAUCCCACGCCACGCCAGAAGCCAACCAGUUGCCCACUGACCGCAGGGAUGACAUUAAUCAUCUGGGGGGACCUGCUGGCCUCAUCUCCCACGACGCUUCCCGGAGCUCUGGCAGGAGUCUUUGCUGAAGAGUUAGGCCAAGUGAGGGGCCCAGCCUCCCCACACCUGAGCCAGCCGGACUUGUUCUGAUCCUGAGGGACAUGGCAGCGGUGGGCUCUCCUGGCUGCCCAGGGUGAACCGGACCAGCCCCACAGAGCCACCCCAGCUAGCCAAGCCAAGCCCAGGGCCCAGGAAGCAGCACUGGGGUCUGCAGGCAGGCACCAGGGUGCCCAGCCACCUGCCCAGUGGCGGCCUCACUCAGGCACCAGGGCAGGGGGAGGGGAGCGAGUGUCCCUACCACUCUGGAUUCCCGACUCUAGUCUGCUGCGUAGCUGUGUGUGCGCGUGCGAGGCGGGGGGGGGGGGGGCCUCCACAGGGGAGUGUGCCUGUUUGGUCGGUGUCGUGUAAACGCGUGUACGUUUCUAAGUGUGUCAACAUACCUGUGUAUACCUGUGUGUAGGUGUAUGCAGGCAUCUGGUGGAGCCUUCCUCAGCUCGGGGCAGCUGGGAAGAAGGGUCGGGCCAGGCCAAGGCACUUGGUGACCUUGGGCUGCUUUGUAAUAAAACCAGCGAUUCCA